AGCGGUCAACUUCCGCUCGCCAAGGUCCGCGGGGGCCGGCAGAGGCGCGCAGCUGUGGUCGCUUAGUUCGGCUGCGAAACACAACCAGGACUGGCAGGCCUCCCUCGACUGCAUCCUGGCGUUCCAGUCGUAUCUGGUUCCGCCGUAGUCUUCUCCACGAUUUCAGUCGAGCAUGUUCUUCAGGGCCCAGGUGAGGCGAGUUCUGCAGCGGGUGCCCGGGAAGCAGCGGUUCGGAAUCUACAGGUUCCUGCCCUUCUUUUUUGUCCUGGGAGGAACGAUGGAGUGGAUCAUGAUUAAAGUGCGCGUGGGCCAGGAGACCUUCUAUGAUGUCUACCGUAGAAAAGCCUCAGAAAGACAGUAUCAGAGAAGGCUGGAAGAUGCUUCAGAAACUGAACGUCAGCAGUCAAUAAAAUGAGUAUGAAUUUUCACUAUUGUUUUCAGCUCCUUUAAAAAAUAUACUCUUCAGCUGCUUGUCCUUUAGCAGCUGUGUAUUACAAGAACUUCCUUUGCAAAGAAUUUUCAGUUUUGCAGUCUCUACUUGAAUAUUUCUCAAGUCACUUUUGGACAGUACUUGUGAAAAAAUUAUUUCCUCCUAAAACACCAACCCCAAAAAACUGGUCCCCCAACCCCCAGGCUUUGAGACUGAAUAAGUUGUUUUAAAGCAACAAAUGAUAACCUUACUUUUUUUUUUUUUUUUGUAGAAUUCAAACUAAAUCAUGGUCAUACAAUAAGAUCUUCUGCAAGAUCACCUAAAAUAGGACAGUUAUGCAAAUUACUUUUUGCUGGGGUAGGAGGAAUUCUUGACUAAUUCUAAAUUGCUCAUGCUAGUGCUCUUGUGAACUCCCUUGCAUAGAAGGGUAGGACCUCCAUG